AUGGCCUCAGAACAAUGGUCGGUGGUGACAGAGCUUCAUGUCAAGACCUCGAAAGGCCUUCGGAAACCCGACAUAGUAGCCGCUAAUGGCGCCGGCCGCGUCGGAGUGAUCGUGACUCACGAGGAGCUAGUUGAGAAGGUUGCUGGUAUACUAGGACUACCCAACAAGGAUUGCGUCCACGCGACUUCUUGUACGAUCUCCUGGCGAGGUGUUUGGAGUCACUCCUCCUAUAAGGAGUUGAAGACACUCAUAGGGCUAAAGGAGAGUCUGUUCAGAGCUAUAUCGGUAGUGGUAUUGCGCGGCUCAAACAUGAACUAG